AGGCGGAAGUGAAAGAGGAGAGAAAACCGAGCAAUCGAGCGGGGCGGGUGAGCCGGGGCCACCGUCGCUCUAUUCGUCUGGACUGCUCGAGCUAACUUUAGCUACAUGUGCUGAGGUCGAAGGGGAAGCCGAUCCCGACUGCAACGAUGCCCUCGGUUACUUUACCGCCCAAGGAGAACGCUCUCUUCAAGAGGAUUCUGCGAUGUUACGAGCACAAACAGUACAGAAAUGGGCUCAAAUUCUGCAAACAAAUCCUCUACAACCCCAAGUUUGCUGAGCAUGGAGAGACGCUGGCGAUGAAGGGCUUGACCCUGAAUUGUCUUGGAAAGAAAGAGGAAGCCUACGAGUUGGUGAGAAGAGGUCUGCGCAACGACCUCAGGAGCCAUGUUUGCUGGCACGUCUACGGUCUUCUGCAGCGCUCGGACAAGAAGUACGAAGAGGCCAUCAAGUGUUAUCGCAAUGCUCUGAAGUGGGACAAGGACAACCUGCAGAUCCUCAGGGACCUGUCCCUGCUGCAGAUCCAGAUGAGAGACCUGGAGGGCUACAGGGAAACCCGGUACCAGCUCCUGCAGCUGCGUCCAGCCCAGCGGGCCUCCUGGAUCGGCUACGCCAUCGCCUAUCACCUCCUGGAAGAUUACGAGAUGGCAGCAAAGAUCAUCGAGGAGUUCAGGAAAACACAGCAGAUGUCUCCAGACAAAGUGGACUACGAGUACAGCGAGCUGCUGCUCUACCAGAACCAGGUGCUGAGGGAAGCGGGUCUGUACAAAGAGGCUCUGGAGCAUCUGUGCAGCUACGAGAAGCAGAUCUGUGAUAAACUAGCGGUGGAGGAGACGCGCGGAGAGUUACUGUUGAAGCUGGAACGCCUAGAAGAGGCGACGGAGGUUUACCACCGCCUGCAGGAGAGGAACCCAGAGAACUGGUCCUACUACCACGGUCUGGAGAACGCUCUCAAACCAGGCAGUGUGGAGGAAAGACAUAAGAUCUAUGAAGAAGUGUGGGAGAAGUUUCCUAAAGGACUGGUCCCUCGAAGGCUGCCCCUCAGUUUCCUCACUGGAGAGCAGUUUAGAGAAUGUUUGGACCGGUAUCUGAGGCUGAACUUCAGCAAAGGCUGUCCGCCCGUCUUCACCACACUGAAAUCCCUGUACAGCAACCCGGACAAGGUGGCGAUCAUAGAGGAGUUGGUCGUCGGCUAUGAAACUUGUUUGAAAAGUUGUCGAAUGUUCAGCCCAAAUGACGACGGGAAGGAGGAGCCUCCCACCACAUUACUGUGGGUGCAGUACUUCCUGGCCCAGCACUACGACAUGAUCGGCCAGCAGACGCUGGCUCUAGAAUACAUCAACGCUGCCAUCGAGAGCACGCCUACGCUCAUUGAGCUCUUCCUGGUCAAAGCUAAGAUUUAUAAGCACGCUGGGAACAUCAAAGAGGCCGCUCAGUGGAUGGAUGAGGCGCAGGCUCUGGACACCGCCGACAGAUUCAUCAACUCCAAGUGUGCCAAGUACAUGCUGAAGGCUGGCAUGAUCAAGGAGGCGGAGGAGAUGUGCUCCAAGUUCACUCGGGAGGGAACUUCAGCGGUGGAGAACCUGAACGAGAUGCAGUGCAUGUGGUUCCAGACUGAAUGUGCGCUCGCCUACAAAGCCAUGAACAAAUUUGGAGAAGCCCUCAAGAAGUGCCAUGAGAUCGAAAGGCAUUUUGUGGAGAUCACGGACGACCAGUUUGACUUCCACACCUACUGCAUGAGGAAGAUGACGCUUCGCUCGUACGUGGACCUCCUGAAGCUGGAAGACGUCCUCCGCAUGCAUCCCUUCUACUGCAAAGCUGCCACCACAGCCAUUCAGAUCUACCUGAGCCUCCACGACAAUCCCCAGACUGACGACAGCAAAGAGCUGCAGGCUGACACCACAAACCUCUCUGACAAAGAACUGAAGAAGCUGAGGAACAAACAGCGGAGAGCGCAGAAGAAGGCUCAGCUGGAAGAGGAGAAGAAGAAUGCAGAGAAAGAGAAGCAGCUGAAAAACCAGAAGAAGAAAAAGGACGACGAUGACGAGGAAAUCGGAGGGCCGAAGGAGGAGCUCAUCCCUGAGAAACUAGUCAAGGUAGAAAAUCCCUUGGAGGAGGCCAUCAAGUUCCUAAUGCCUCUCAAACAGCUGGUGAAAGAAAAAAUCGACACUCACCUGCUGGCCUUUGAGAUCUACUUCAGGAAAGAGAAAUAUCUGUUGAUGCUCCAGUCGUUGAAGAGAGCGUUGGCCAUCAACCCCGACCACCCGUGGCUUCACCAGUGUCUAGUACGCUUCCUUAAAGGAGUGUCUGAGAGCAAAGAUCUGCCCGAGGUGGUGAGGACGGUGCUGAAGCAGGAGAUCACUCGGCUCUUUGGAGACAGCAACGCUAAGAGCUUCAACCAGGCCUACCUCGCCAAACACUCCAACUCCAUACCGCACCGACUGGCUGCCGCUAAGAUGAUGGUGUACCUGGACUCGUCAACGGAAACAAAGGCAGCCGAGCUGGUCACUGCACUGGACGAGGAGCUGAAGAACAGAACCAUCAAAAACUGUACAGAGGUCCUGGAGUGUCUUCGGAGCGGCGUCCUGGGCGACUGCAAGGAGCAGACGGAGUCUUACCGCGCCGAGUGCCACAAGCUUUACCCAUACACUUUAGCUUUCAUGCCCCCCGGAUACGAGGAGAGCACCAAGAUCGCCAACGGAGACGUGUCCACCGAGACGGAGGAGCUAGCCAACGAGAUGUGAUCGCGACAGCGCCGCGUUUCCCAUUAAAAGGAAAAAAGGAAUUGGGGCCGAACACGAAGCCCUGUGGUACGCCUGGCAGUCAUCUUUGUAGAGCCAGACGCAGGAAGUGAAUAUGGGUGUUUCAUCCUUGAGCUCAGCUUACUCAGUUUCUGACCGGGCGUGGCUUGGCUCUCUCCCACAAAAGGGUGAAGUUCAGGACUGUGUGCGCGUGUGUUGAAUGUGUGUGUGUUUGUGGGAAGAGAGGGGGGGGAUGGGGGGGCAAAGAGGAAGAUAACAGAGCAAAUGUUUUACUUUUUUAACGGAAGAUGAAAAUAAACGGUCAUUGUGAAACAAAACGGGAGAAAUUGUGACACCCAGACUGCUGUUGAUCCGUGACUGCAGACAUCGCCUCCGAGCUGCUUCAACAAGCCCUUCACACACUGUGUACUUUAUUUUAAAUAAUCUAAUUUAAAUCAAGGCGGGACACAGUUGCUCUGGGGGGGGCGAGCCAAGCGGAUCCGGUCUCUGAUCCGCAGGAAGCUGAGCAGGACGAGUCUCCGAGGACGCCAAGCGGCCGCAGGUGUUCCUGUAUCUGCUGUAACACGUACUCCAGUUCACCGCUGACCUGCAGCCCCGUCUGACACCAGGGCUCCUCCUCCUCCCUGCAGGGGGCGCUAUGGCACAGUUACAAUGAACAGUUUCUGAUCAGAAAGUGCUUCCCUCACAGUUCUAGGUUCAACUUUGGAAUAUACUCUCCUCUGUCUGUUCUUACGGAGCAUCUUGUAGCACAUAAUAAAAACUGUAAAGAUCGUGUUGCGCUCCAUUUACACCGCUCUGCUCGUCUGUUUUUCUUUGAGAAUCAACAGCAAUACCAGUCGCCUGCAGUGGAACUUCUC